CCCGCCUCCCUGCCGACUGGCUCCCCGCGUCCCCCGGCCGGGCCUGUCCGCUGCAUCCCGCGGGCGGCACGGAGCAGAGCGCCCUCCGGGUCUCUGGGGCCUGCCGUGUGGACGAGCUGGCUGAGGGAGUUGUGGCGGAUCGUGCUGAGGCACCGCAGGCGGGGAGCGCAGGUGUGCGAGGCGAUCGACACUCGGGAUGGGGCGUCCUGUGCAGAGCUGGUCUCCUUCAAGCACCCGCACGUCGCAAACCCCCGGCUGCAGAUGGCUUCUCCAGAGGAGAAGUGUCAGCAAGUCUUGGAGCCCCCGUAUGAUGAAAUGUUUGCAGCUCACCUCAGGUGCACUUAUGCUGUGGGAAACCAUGACUUCAUAGAGGCCUACAAAUGCCAGACUGUGAUCGUCCAGUCGUUCCUGCGAGCGUUUCAGGCCCACAAGGAAGAAAACUGGGCUCUGCCUGUCAUGUAUGCAGUAGCACUUGACCUCCGAGUGUUUGCCAAUAAUGCCGAUCAGCAGUUGGUGAAGAAGGGGAAGAGCAAAGUGGGGGACAUGCUGGAGAAGGCGGCCGAGCUGUUGAUGAGCUGCUUCCGUGUUUGUGCCAGUGACACACGUGCUGGUAUAGAAGACUCCAAGAAGUGGGGAAUGCUAUUCUUGGUGAACCAGUUAUUUAAAAUUUACUUUAAGAUCAACAAACUGCAUCUGUGCAAACCCCUCAUCAGAGCCAUCGACAGCUCAAACCUGAAGGAUGACUACAGCACAGCCCAGAGGGUCACCUACAAGUACUACGUGGGCCGCAAGGCCAUGUUCGACAGCGACUUCAAGCAAGCUGAGGAGUACCUGUCCUUCGCCUUUGAGCACUGCCACCGCUUGAGCCAGAAGAACAAGAGGAUGAUUCUCAUCUACCUGUUGCCAGUCAAGAUGCUGCUGGGGCAUAUGCCGACCAUCGAGCUUCUGAAGAAGUACCACCUCAUGCAGUUCGCUGAAGUCACCAAAGCCGUGAGUGAAGGAAGCCUGCUCCUGCUGAAUGAGGCGCUGGCCAAGCAUGAGACCUUCUUCAUCCGCUGUGGCAUCUUCCUCAUCCUUGAGAAGCUGAAGAUCAUCACCUACAGGAACCUCUUUAAGAAAGUGUACCUGCUGCUCAGAACACACCAGCUAUCUCUGGACGCCUUUCUGGUUGCCUUGAAGUUCAUGCAGGUGGAUGACGUGGACAUCGAUGAAGUGCAGUGCAUCCUGGCCAACUUGAUAUACAUGGGUCAUAUUAAGGGCUACAUCUCGCACCAGCAUCAGAAACUCGUUGUCAGCAAGCAGAACCCGUUCCCGCCACUGUCCACUGUGUGCUGAGCGUCCCAGAGCCUGCCUCCCGAGCCGUCCUCAGUGCUGGCCGUCUGCAGGGACAGAGGCUUCUCCAGGGAAUCCGAGACCAAGUUUCCAGCAUGGCCGAGUUGUGAUGCCUGUCGCUGGGAGCACCCCAGCCUCGGAAGGCCGUGGGUUCCUCCCCAACCAUAGAGGCAUCCAGAGACCUAGGCACUGGCAAGCUCCCUGGCCUUCCUUGUGGCUUUGGACCAGAACAGCUGCCACCCGCUUACUGUGAGUGCUGUUCACAGAGGAGCUCUGUGACCUUUUGUUAUUUCUAUUAAAAAGAAAAAAGUGUUCUGAA